AUGUGCUCCGACGGAGCGGCGAUAGCGGCCACGCCUGGCCGCGGAAACAGGUUUUCGGAAACGGAUAAUGAGUACCAGGUUGUUCUGCCUAGUUUGCCUACAGGUCGCUUGGUUUUAAAUACAGUUUUUUUGCACGCGGACGUAAGCGCUCGCCCCUACAAGGUUGAAGACUUUCGUGACGCCCUGGCUCAGCGGUCGAUACUUCCCGAGGUUAUCGCCUUGGGGGCGUAUCGCAUGAGCCACGUGUGGGCCGUCACCCUGAAGGAUGCGGAGUCAACGAAGAUGUUGGUCAACACUGGUGAGCUGCAAGUUAAAGGCAAACGCUGCAUUGUCAUCGACCCGGCUAACAGGGAUAUUCGAAUGAAGGUACACUGGCUCCUUCACAGCGUGCCUGACGAGGACUUACGACUUGCCCUCGCGCCCUUCGGCAAGGUCACCGACGUCGUCAGGGAGCGGUGGCGUGCCGAGGGAGUAGCGGACAAGGUAUCCACAACUAGAGUCGUGACCCUCAAGAUGAACGCCGGGGUCAAAAUUGAUGACCUUCCACACCAGCUAAGUGUCUCUGGCGAACUCGCACUUGUCGUUGUGCCGGGAAGGGCUCCGCUCUGCCUUCGCUGUCGUGGCACGGGCCAUAUCCGCCGUGAGUGCCGCAUACCAAGGUGUGGGGUUUGCCGGCGUUUCGGUCACGAAGACCGCCAGUGUCAGCGAACGUACGCCAGCGUGACAGCACCAGGGAGCAGCGAGGAGUCAGCCGACCUUCUGAUCGAUGAGGCGGACUCGGAGGAAACGGCGUCUCCGACAAGCGCCGUGAGGGUGCACCGUCAACGUCGUCUUCUCCACCGCCGGGUCAACCUGAGAAGCAACCUCUCGCGGCCUCUGUAA